GCAAAAGCAGAGUUACUGAAAGAACUCAAGAAAGGAUUAGUCAUAGUAUAGAAUAGAAAGAUGAUGAAGCAGAAGGGAGCUUCAAUUACUUCCAUGAGAUGGAAGCAGUGGAAGGUUGGUUUCGAUAAACUCGAAGAUGCUCUUCAAGUGUUUGGUAAAUGCUCCUUAUGAAACCUCUGCCUACUGUUAUCGACUUCAAUCAACUGUUAGCCGCCCUCGUUAAAAUGAAACACUACUCCGUAGCUGUCUCCCUAUUCAGGGAUAUGUGUGUUCGAAGCAUCCCCCUUGAUAUAUUUACCUUCAACACUGCCAUUAACUGUUUCUGUUACUUGAAUCGUGUCGAUUUUGCAUCUUCAUUAUUGGCUGGAAUCAUCAAGCACGGUUUUGUCCCUGAUGUGGUUACUUAUACCACACUCAUCAGGGGCCUUAUUUCCCAAGAUAUGCCUCAUGAGGCUCAGCUUUUGUUCCAGAACCUCAUCAGAUUUCAACUUUUUAAACCCAAUGUUGUUACCUAUAACACAAUCAUUCACGGCAUCUGCAAGAGAGGAAAUCCUUCUGUGGCUGUCAAGUUGUUCAAAAUUAUAGAGAAGAAAGGUUGCAGGCCUGAUACGGUAACUUACAACACAAUUAUUGACUGUUUGUGUAAGCAUAGAUUAGUUGAUCAAGCAUUGGGUCUUCUCCACCAAAUGACAAGGAAAGACAUAUCUCCAGAUGUUAUAACCUACAACUCAUUAAUUCAAGGGUUGUGUGACAUUAAUCGAUGGCAUGAUGUUAAACAAUUGCUCAAGGAGAUGGAUGUUAGGAACAUUUCUCGAGAUGUUUUUACUUACAAUAUAUUGGUUGAUGCAUAUGGCAAAGAAGGAAUGAUUGAAGAUGUAGAGGAUGUGAUAGAGUUGAUGAUUCAAAGAGGAGAAUAUCCUGGUUUAGUUACUUACAAUUCACUCAUGGAUGGAUACUGCUUGCGGCGAGAGGUUGAUAAAUCAUUAGCAGUGUUCGAAAGCAUGAAGAGAAAGGGAAUAUUGCCUGAUACUCUUAGCUAUAAUAUCCUCAUCAACGGUUAUUGUAAGAAGUUUAAAGUGGACAGAGCCAUAGAUCUUUUUCAACAAAUGCCCGAUGAUGGUUUAACCCCAACUACUGAGACUUACAAUACUAUACUGCAAGGUUUUUUUCAUGUGGGUAGACAUGUUGAAGCCCGGAAAUUUUUUAAGGAAAAGAUGAUUAACCAAGGUGUUGAAUUGGAUAAAGUCACAUGCUCUAUCUUGUUGCAUGGUCUUUGCCAGAAUAGUUAUGUUGUUGAAGCACUAUCCUUUUUUCAAAUACUGGAAUCGAGGGGGUUAGUUCCUGAUAUACAUGUUUACAAUAUUCUGAUUGAUGGACUAAGCAAAAAUGGACAUCUAGAGAAUGCAAGAAGCCUUUUUGACAACCUUCCUUUGAAAGGUUUGCGGCCUAAUGUCAAGACAUUCACAAUGAUGAUCCAAGCAUAUUCUCAUGAAGGGUUAUUUGAGGAAGCAAAUGACCUCUUCUGGGAAAUGGAAGCAAAUGAUUGCUUGCCGGAUAAUGUGACCUACAAUACACUUAUGCAUGGUUAUUUACACAGUAAGAAGUACUAUGAAGCAGGUGUACUCCUGGAUGAAAUGCGUACUCGCGGCUUUAAAGCAGAUGCAUCUACCGCGUCUGCUUUACUGGAUUUACUUGAAGUGCAAGAACAGGAUCCCGCUCUCCUUGCUUUGCGCAAGAAGUACUUGCCGUAGGUGUAACAAAAGGAGAGUGGUAAGAUACAUAAUCUUAUCUAUUUUGCCAACAUUUUCCAAGGGUUUGAUAACCAAAUUUGCAGGCAUUAACAGUCGUGAUAAUGGCAUGUAGUAUAGAUAGAGGCUGUGCUACUACACUGUCAGAUGUCAUUGUUGUAUACCUUGUUGUUCUUCUCCUAUCGAGUAGUUUAUUUUUUCAACGCACUGCAGUUACAAGUUGUUGGGGUUCAUUAUAUAUAAAUUUUUUAAAAAUUAUUUAUGUUUCACAUGAACGUCCUUUUUUGUUUUUGCAUCGACUCUUUGUCUGUAGUAUGUCGAAUCGUUCUAAUGUCCUUGGUACAUGAGUUGACAAUUGACGUGAACACUUUAUAUAGGUUAAAUGUAGUCAGAUAGACUAGAUCUUCAAUCCAAAGAAAUGAAGAGCCUGUAUUAUGAGGGGGGGGGGGGGGGGGACCAGUGGUUUUGGUGGCUUUUUGAAACCUUGUCGAUGGGCCUAUAUGAGAUCUAUGUUUAUAUUCCAUCUUCGUGAAUGGAUGUACUCUUAAUAUCAUAUUAUUUUGAAAGAACUUUGGAUUAGAUAUGGCAAUUGUCUGAAUGUUGGCCAGGAGUCUGUAUCUUCCCUUUAACAGCGCAUGUCUUUAAUAUCUAAUUUUCUGGUUCCUAUGUUCCCCAGAUUCAAUAUUUUGUUGAGGUUCAAGACUUUAAUAUUUUUUACAAGACGACUUAAAGACUAUUGAGAUUGAGGUAUACUAUUAUCUAAGGUAUACUAUUCUCCAUUGUCCUUUGUUUAAUCAAUGAAUGAAAUAUUUAUUGUAUUUAUGGCGAAGAUACUAUUAGUUUGUCAUGAUUUGUAGUCCUUAUUUUGAUAGACUAUCUUUAAUGUAGUGGGUUAAUAUUUUUUGUUAAAUGUUGGUUGGACUAUCAAACACGCUUUUUAUGGAAGAGAUAUCUACUUGUUUGGACAGUUCAACAACAUAUGAACUUGUUGAUUCACUGCGCCAUGUGGUUUUAUUCUUCAAGAAACUGCUCUCAUCUUUCUUUUGCAGCCAGCCCCGAAAAUGACUGUGAGGGAAACCUUGGAAUUUUCUGCCAGAUGUCGGGGAGUUGGAUGACUCUAUGCUACGAAGAACCGGGGAACCAAAGCAACAAUAGAGAACUGUAAUGAAAAGGAUUACUCUACGGCAACAGUAUGUGGUAGAGACCGGCCAAAACUACUAUUUGAUAUUGUGUGUGCCCACACAGCCAUGUAUUGUUUUCACAGCUAUUCAUAUAAUUUAUUAUGCAGAUGAUGAUCUUUCCUGGUUAUUGAAUUUUUAAAACUUAUGGCAAUCAAGUUUUUAACACGGCUUAGUUUAAUAACCUGCUGAUUAGUAUCUGGUUACAUGAAAUUCACAGGAGUAUUACAUUCGGCACAAGAAUGUCUUCCCCCUCCUAAACGUGGAUGAUGGAUGCCAAAAGGCCUGUGGUAACUAAACAUUUGAUUGCAGCAGUUGAAACGAGAGUUUCACAUGUUAGAUGUCCAGCUGUCCGCGCUCAAUAUAUUAGGCACUGUAAAUUUGGGUUUGGAUACAGCAACCAGAGUACCUGUGAUUCUUUGUAAGUUGAUUCUACAUUAUAUAUUCGAUGUAAUUUGAGUUUCACCUGUGAUUCUUUGGCCUGUGUUGUAGUGAAAUUAGCAGAAAGCCAUUUUUUAUGUUUCA